AUACGAUCGGUGCUAUGAGGAUGUUGUCACAUUUACUGGGACGAUAGGUGGGCGAGGAUGGCGGCACUUGGAGACGGUUGAGUAUUAACCACACUUUCGUCGAGUAUUUGAAGUAUUGAAAUAGUGACAUCAUGGCUUCCGACAAACCUCAAGUAAUCCAAAAACAGCAAAGAGAUGCCUCUAGCAAGCUCGAUGUAAUUAUCGUCGGCGCGGGCCUCGGCGGCCUUGGAGCAGGCAUAUCCAUCUUGCUCGCAGGCCACAACGUUCACAUCCUCGAAUCAACAGCUGAAAUAGGCGAAAUCGGGGCAGGAAUCCAAUGCCUUCCCAAUGCUUCCCGGGUCCUCAUCUCCUGGGGCCUGGAAGGCUAUCUUUCCCAGCAUUCUACCGCACCGCGGUUAUGCAAUAUGAUCGGGUGGAAGGGCAACAAGCUAUCAGAUAUGGAUUUCCAUGAAUAUGCCGAGCAGUGUGGAACACCGUUCUGGGAUUUCCAUAGGGCAAAUCUGCACAUGGGAUUGUUAGAAAGAGCAAUAGAACUAGGGGCAACAUUGACGGUCAAGAAAAGAGUUGACAAUAUCGAGUAUGAGACGGGUGCCCAUGGCGACUCCACAACCGCUAUCGCGGUAUGCGCAGACGGAACGAGAUAUAAAGCCGACCUCAUAGUAGGCGCAGACGGCAUAAAUUCCAAAUGUCGCGAAAUUCUCCUCGGUCACGAAGAUCCUCCCCUCCUUACAGGCGACCUAGCAUAUAGACUUCUUCUCAACACUCAGGAUAUGAUAAAGGACCCCGAACUAAAAUCCAUGAUUGAAGAUCCACAAGUAAACUACUGGAUUGGGCCGGAUGCUCAUGCAGUAAACUACGUCCUCCGUGGCGGCAAAUUGUUCAACAUGGUGCUCCUUGUGCCGGACGAUAUGCCCGCUGGCGCCAACACACUAGCCGGCAAUGUCGAAGAAAUGCGCGCCUUGUACAAAGACUGGGAUCCCAGAAUCCCCAAGCUCCUCAAUCUGUGUCAGUCGGUGGCGAAAUGGCGGCUUAUGAUCCGGCCAGGCCUCGAUCCAACAUGGUCCCAUGAGUCAGCUGCUUUCACGAUUCUUGGAGACGCUGCACACGCAACUCUGCCAUACCUAGCGAGUGGAGCAGGUAUGAGUCUAGAAGAUGGCCACGUCCUCGGUCUCUGCCUUGCCCGCCUCACAUCGAAAUCUACUGCCGAGAAGAAGAAAGUCCUGGAAGUGUACGAGCGUUGCCGCCGCGAGCGAACGGAGCGCGUCGUCUCACGGGGAAAUCGACAGCAGUAUUUGUAUCACGUCCAUGAUGGCCCAGAGCAACAAGAGCGUGAUCGUCAACUAAAGGAAUUCGGCGCUUUCAAUGGAAAGGGCAAGGUUGGGAAAGCACAGUACGAGGCGGCGGGGCUGAGGGUUGAGGAGGAUCCCCUCGCGUGGAGGUGGGGUGGGGUGGGGAGCUGGUUAAUCACGUAUAUCUGCGAGGAAGAUGUUGAGAGAAGAUGGAGGGAGGUUGAAGCAGAAGCAAAGUCGGCAGGCUAUAGAGAUAGCAAAGAGAGCGUGAGAGCGGUGCUUUAGUGUCGUACAUACCAUCCGCGGAGCGGCUAGUUGAUGAUUGGUGGAGGAGUAGCCACUUUCUAUAUUCAUCCUCUCUUUCUGCCCUUACUACCAGGGCUUUAUAUAUUUACAAUAUUUACAAUAUUUGCCCUCGAC